CUGGCUUAUUCACCAGGGGGCUGGUGCAGCGUGCGGCCCUGCCCUGCCCUCCGGUCACCUGCGCCGCCUCUCCCUGCAGCGCUCUGCUUUGCCCUGACCCGCUCGCUGCUGCUGACCUGCCUGGUGCCAGCAGGGCUGCUGGGCCUGCGCUAUUACUACAGCCGGAAGGUGGUCCUCGCCUACCUGGACUGCGCGCUGCACACGGACAUGGCUGACAUCGAGCAGUACUACAUGAAGCCCCCCGGCUCCUGCUUCUGGGUGGCUGUUCUGGACGGCAACGUGGUGGGCAUUGUGGCAGCGCGGGCCCAUGCGGCGGACAACACCGUGGAGCUGCUGCGCAUGUCUGUGGACUCACGCUUCCGUGGCAAGGGCAUUGCCAAGGCGCUGGGUCGGAAGGUGCUGGAGUUCGCCCUGGUGCACAACUACUCCGCGGUGGUGCUGGGCACGACGGCCGUCAAGGUGGCCGCCCACAAGCUCUAUGAAUCGCUGGGCUUCAGACACAUGGGCUCGAGUGACCUUCAGCGUUGCUUUGACAUCGGAUCACCUCUUUCCUUUCGGUACCUGCCCCUCCCCUGCCCGGGCUUUGCUGAUGGCGUCACCACCCAGGUGUGGUUCCCGUAG